AUGACCUGUGCUGUUGGCAAUGUGCCUCCACGCUCGUUUGAUAGCCUUAGUGUGGAAGCGCUACUGCUGUACCCUUUCGAACGGAUUGAAGACGAAUUGAGAAGGGCCUGCAAUGAAUUGGUCCAAGGGGAGGCAGCCAUCCCGCAAGGCAUUGCUCUAGAAGCAAAGAGGAUCUGGACUUUGAUGCGAGACUUGGAGCGGGCCGAUGAGGCUGGUGACGACAGCUUGGGCAAAGUGAAGGAGCUUGCACAGGCUUGGUCUCUGCUCUUGUCGCGUGUGCAGGCACAAGCUCUUGACAGAGCAGGAGUCCCACACCCUGCCAUCAUGAUACCCUCUACGGAUGACCAGCGCGACUUCUGGCACAGGUUUGCAACGGGUGUCGAAUUCUUGCCUGAGUCAGAUCUGGAGGAGGACUUACUUGCAGCACUGUCCGAAGAAUGGACCGCUGUGGCCACGAUUGGAGAAGCUCUUCGGGCUCUGAUUUCUCUAAAUGCUUCAUACACGCCACAUUCCAAGACGUCAAUUGCUGUGGCCGUUCUCGGGCCAAGCACAACACUGGAGUACCAGCGAGGAGUGGAGGACCUCCACCACAAACUUCUUGCAUGUUUGCUGGGCCUUGAUAAUACGUCAGCCUUGCGGCCAUCUGUACACCUCACAUUUUGCGGCUUAGACGUGCCUGAUGCGAUGCAUGGGCAUGCCUGGAAAGGUUGCCAGCUGGACAUAGAACACCGGCAGUGCCUCUGGCACAAUAUGAAGAUGGAUCCUACACAGGCUUUGGACUUAGUCGUCGCGAUGAACGCAGGAACAUCAGUCGCUCAGUACAGGGAGUCGUGGCGGGCCACUCUCAAAGAGCUUGCGAACCUGGAGCAAUGCCUUCUGUGGUUUACGGGUUAUACUCUGCCCGAGGCCGCCGACACCUGGAAGGAUUUGCAGGCCAACUGUCCUCGAGCUAUUUUGCUUUACUGUGGCGUGGGACGAAGCUCUACGCUGAUGGGCUUCGACCGAGUAGAGCUCGGUGCCACUCCGUGCUCGUAUCCAGGCAAAGCCAACUACUCAAUUUGUGCAGUUUGGCUUCCAGGCAGCCACGGCUCCGCGAUGGAGCAAGCUUGUUUGACAGACCAAGCACUGCCCACCUGGCCCGUGCUACUAGAAUCUGACGUUUCCUCACCAGCCAGGUCGACGCACACUUGA